GCGUUUUAGGAAACCACAAAAAAGUGAACAGGCAGAGAGAAUCUGUGGUUCAGAUUUUUGAUGUUGGAAGUCAAACAUGAUCUUAUCUAACAUCCUCCAUGAAACCCAUUUUCGCCCACACGUUCAUGGGAAUCUCACUGGCCACCAUAAUUCAGAAUUCGGAGAAAACCAAAAAAUACACAACAUUAGAAUAACUGAAAUGUGUAUAAUUAUAUAUAUGUAUGUUAUGUUUAUGCCAAAAGCAACUAGUGUUUCUUAGAUUUAAGCUCCAGCCAUGGCCACCCAUGCAGCUCUAGCUCCGUCAAGAAUCCCAGCCACCACUAGACUUCCCACCAAGCCCACCCAUUCUUUCCCUACUCAGUGCUUCUUGAAGAGGCUGGAGGUGGCUGAGUUCUCUGGGCUUAGGGCAAGUUCUACUGUGACUUACUCAAAGUAUGGUGGAGAGCAGUCCUUCUUUGAUUUAGUGGCUUCCCAAAUUACUCCCAAGGUUGCUGCAUCAACUCCUGUUAGGGGAGAAACAGUAGCCAAAUUGAAGGUUGCAAUCAAUGGAUUUGGACGCAUUGGACGGAACUUCCUUCGAUGCUGGCAUGGCAGAGAAAACUCACCACUCGAUGUGAUUGUUGUCAAUGACAGCGGUGGUGUCAAGAACGCUUCACACUUGCUGAAAUACGACUCCAUGCUUGGAACAUUUAAGGCAGAUGUGAAAAUAGUGGACAAUGAAACAAUCAGCGUUGAUGGCAAGCCCAUCAAGGUUGUCUCUAAUCGUGACCCACUUAAGCUCCCUUGGGCUGAACUUGGCAUAGACAUUGUUAUUGAGGGCACGGGAGUUUUUGUGGAUGGUCCUGGUGCUGGGAAGCACAUUCAAGCCGGUGCCAAGAAAGUAAUCAUCACUGCCCCCGCUAAGGGUGCUGACAUUCCUACUUAUGUUGUUGGUGUUAACGAAGGCGAUUAUUCCCAUGAGGUUGCUAACAUUGUCAGCAAUGCUUCUUGCACUACCAACUGUCUGGCCCCUUUCGUCAAAGUCAUUGAUGCAGAGUUUGGAAUUGUGAAGGGAACAAUGACAACUACCCAUUCCUAUACCGGUGACCAGAGGCUUUUGGAUGCUUCACACCGGGACUUGAGGAGGGCUAGGGCUGCAGCAUUGAACAUAGUCCCAACAAGCACUGGUGCAGCAAAGGCUGUCUCCCUUGUGCUGCCUCAGCUUAAGGGCAAGCUCAAUGGCAUCGCCCUUCGUGUGCCAACACCCAAUGUGUCGGUGGUUGACCUUGUUGUGAACGUCGAGAAGAAAGGAAUCAGUGCUGAAGACGUCAACGCAGCCUUCAGAAAUGCAGCUGAAGGGCCAUUGAAAGGCGUAUUGGCGGUGUGUGAUGUUCCACUAGUAUCGGUGGACUUCCGAUGCUCUGACGUUUCUUCCACAAUCGAUUCUUCCCUGACCAUGGUCAUGGGAGACGAUAUGGUCAAGGUGGUGGCCUGGUAUGACAACGAAUGGGGAUACAGCCAAAGGGUGGUUGAUUUGGCACAUUUAGUAGCAGACAAGUGGCCUGGUGCAGCUGUUGCAGGCAGCGGAGAUCCAUUGGAAGAAUUCUGCCAGACCAACCCAGCUGAUGAGGAGUGCAAAGUUUAUGAAGCUUAAGUUGAUCGCUUGCUUGGAUUUCCCAUUUCAAAUUUGUUUCUUUUUUUCCUUUAUGAAAAGCUUAAUAGGUCCCAAGUUUUUGUGAAUCUUCAUUGCCAAUGACAAUUGCUUACUUUGAGGCAGAGAAGCUGAAUAAUGCUUUUGUUCUUCAUCCAACAUGAUCUAUAAAUGCUUUCAUUUGAUUUUCUUAA